AUGUUUUUUGAUAAUGUUUAUUCUCAAAGGAAAGAGAAGGAUCUGGUCCUACUUAUUUGGUUCCAAAGAAUUUUUAUUAUUAUGCUACUCAUCAUUUUUUUAAUCUUCAACUGUUUCAUCACUGUUCAAUCGAUUCAUAUCAACUCCUUUUUUAACAAUAAGUUUUUACGUCAUUUCAGCACAAGGAAUAAUAAGUUAAUUUAUGCUUCACCUAUCGCACAAUCAAAUUUAAGUAUACUUUCAGUAGGUGAAGAGAUAAGUCAAGUUGCAACUGCAAGAAAGACUUCUAAGAAAUUAUACGAUCUUCUAAUAAAUUAUGAAGAUUCGUAUUAUGAUGAUGAAAAUAUGGUUUUGGGAACAGAUGUAAUCACUAAAAAUACCUAUACAAGACAACCUUACGUAGCAAAUGGUUAUAUUGGUUCACGAAUCCCAAAUAUCGGAUUUGGUUACGCUUUGGAUGAGUAUAGUAUUUGGAAUCCUGAUGUUACUGACAAUCCGGAAUUGUUUAAUAAUGGUUGGCCAUUAAGAAAUAGAAGAUAUGCAGGCUCAUUCGUUUCAGAUUUUUACUCACUACAAAAGAAACUUAACUCUACAAAUUUCCCAGAAAUUGAUGACAUUGGUUACUCUAAUGUUAUUUCUUCAAUUCCAGAAUGGACAAAUAUUAAAUUAACAGUAAUUGACGAAAAUGAUAGGUCUUUUAAUUUUAACCCACAAGACAUAUCUGUUAAUGAUAUCACAAACUAUCAUCAAAAUUUAUCAAUGCAAAAUGGAAUGGUCACUACAGAUUUAAAUUGGCUAAAUAAUACGUUGCACAUCAAUUCAACCAUGUUUACUCACAGGAAAUUGUACCCAUUGGGUCUACUAGAGAUUGAUAUUACAUUAAAUCGUGAAUACUUACCAACAGAUUUCGCAACUUAUAACAUCAGUGUCUUUGAUAUACUAGAUUUCAAUACUUCCCAUAGAACAUUCUUAAGAGAUAUGGGUCCAAGUUAUGAUAGCUCCAAAAUGCAAGGCAUCUUUAUGGUUGUGGAACCAGAAAAUGUGCCAUACACAAAUUGCGUCAUAUUUUCAACGACAGAAAUAGAACAACUGGACAUAACGGGUUCAGUCCAUAGAAAUAUAACACUGGAUGAUUACGUCAUUGAUGGAAUGAAUUCUUCCAUAUCACAGGUUGCAAAAGAUAUUACUCUUUCAACUGAAUUCCCAAAAUUAAAGAUUUAUAAAUAUUCCUCCAUUAUUUCAAGUAAUUAUGACGGUUGUAAAAACAACACAUAUCAAGACAAUUUGAAUGAGGCCAAACAUUUAGCAUUGAAUUCAAGAGGUAACUUCCAAAAUCUAGCUGACUCAAACACACAAGCUUGGGUAGAUCUAUAUGACAAUGCUUUUAUUGAAAUUCCAUCCGACUCUGUUCUAGAACUAGCCGCUAGAUCCUCGCUUUUUCAUCUUAUGUCAAAUGCAAGAUUACAUAAUAUCUCCGAAGACAGAGGUUUGCCGCUACCAGUAUCGGGACUAUCAUCUGAUUCAUACGGUGGAUUGGUAUUUUGGGAUGCUGAUGUGUGGAUGCAGCCUGCCAUCCUACCUUUUUUCCCUGAUGUUGCUAAAAACAUCAAUAAUUAUAGGAAUGCCACCCAUAAGCAGGCACAAUUAAAUGCUAAACAAUACGGCUAUAAUGGUGCCUGGUAUCCUUGGACGUCAGGUGGAUUUUCGAAUUGUACAUCGACGGGGCCAUGUAUUGACUAUGAAUAUCAUAUUAAUGUGGAUAUCGCAUUGGCAACAUUUUCUAUUUAUAUGAAUGGAGCAGAUGGUAUUGAUGACACCUAUUUAAAGUAUACAGUAUGGCCCAUCGUUCGGGAUGCAGCCAUAGCCUUCACCGAAUAUGUACAGUACGAUAAACAACUAGAUGUCUAUGAAACAUUUAAUCUGACUGAUCCCGACGAAUUUGCUAAUCAUGUUAAUAAUGGUGCAUUUACUAAUGCAGGUAUUAAGAUUUUGAUGAAAUGGGCAGUGGAUAUUGGAAAUCAUUUAGAAGAAAAAGUUGAUCCAAUAUGGAAAGCUAUAAAUGAAAAGAUAGUGAUCCCUAAAACGUCAUCUAAUAUCACAUUAGAAUAUUCUGGCAUGAAUAGUACAGCAGAAAUAAAACAGGCAGACGUGCCCUUACUGGUUUACCCAUUGGGUUAUAUCACUGACGAAUCAAUUUUAAACAAUGCUAUAAGAGACUUAUAUUACUAUUCUGAGCAUCAAGCACAUACAGGACCAGCAAUGACAUACCCGGUAUUUGUGGCAGCAGCAGCAGGUCUACUAAAUCACGGUUCAUCUUCCCAAAGCUAUUUAUAUAAAUCCAUUUUACCCUAUUUAAGAGGUCCCUUUGCACAAUUCAGUGAGCAAUCUGACGAUAACUUUUUAGAAAAUGGUGGCCUUCAUCCAGCUUAUCCAUUCUUAACGGCAAACGGAGGCUUUUUACAAAGCAUACUAUUUGGUUUGACGGGAAUUAGGUAUUCAUAUAAAGUGGAUUCUGAUACAAAUAAAAUAGCACGUUUAUUGAAAUUUAACCCGAUUAAAUUGAAAUUAUUACCAGGAGGACUAAAAAUCAGGAACUUUAAAUAUAUGGGGCAAGUUUUAGAUAUAAUUAUUGAUGAUUAUAAUGGUACUAUAAUCCAUAAAUCAGGAAAUAAGACAAUAACGAUACAGAUACCUGACAGGAGUAGUAUAAGAGAUCAGGAUAUCAACCCUUAUAGGGGAAAAAAUAAAACAAAAGAAGACAACCGCAUUCUUUCUAAACGUAAGAGUAAUAUUUAUGAACUUAAACCAAAUGAAAAUUUUACGAUACCUUUAUUUGUGACAGAACUUAAUGCACCAGGCAAUAUAGUUGAGAGCAAACAGAUUACCAAUUUAACGGAAGGUGUUGCUGGAGAUGUUGCUAUGUCUGCGGUUGAUGGUAAUAAUUAUACUCACUGGCAACCAGUAAAUAAAGCAGAGACAGCAAGGUUAUUGAUAGAUCUUGGACCCGGAAAUGAACAAACAAUAACAGGAGGCAUGUUUCUGUGGGGCCAAAGACCUGCAAAGAACGUAUCUAUCUCAGUAUUACCUCAUAGUCAGGCAACAGAGCAGUUAUUCCAAAAUAUUACUUACUUUGCGGAACAUUUUGAAUUUCCAAACCGAGAACGCACAAUAUUACAACUGAUUCAAGAAGUUGAUAAUAUUACGGAACCUGAAGUUUGUCAAAUUUUUAGCUCCGAUGGUGUUUGUGACGCUGGUUUUACACAAUUAUUAAAUUGGAAAAGUAAAGAUAUUGAUGAAUUGAUUCAACAAUUUCCUAACACGCCUGGGAUAAGGGAGAAUUUUAUCACAAUUGUUGACAAUUUAUCAGUAUUACCGUCGGAACCUUACUACCCCGAGUAUUAUGAACAAGCCUUAAUUGAAAUUUUACCCAGCAAUAAAACCAAAUUUUCAGUUGACUACAGUAAAGUUGAAUAUUACAAGAAAAGCGAAGUAUUUGAACAAUCGCAGUGGCCGAAAACUAGAUUUAUAAUUGUUAGCAUUCAAGACACAUAUGAUAAGGAUUUAGACCCUAAAGGCAGUACAAUUAAAGAAAUUAUACUUUAUAGUUGA